AUGACUCUGGUGUAUGUCAUCAGACUGGUGUAUGUCAUCAGACUCCGUGGUGUAUGUCAUCAGACUCGGUGGUGUGUGUCAUCAGACUCUGUGGUGUAUUUCAUCAGAUUCUGUGGUGUCUAUCAUCAGACUCUGUGGUGUAUUUCAUCAGACUCUGGUGUAUGUCAUCAGACUCUGUGGUGUAUGUCAUCAAACUCUGUGGUGUAUGUCAUCAGACUCUGUGGUGUAUGUCAUCAGACUCUGUGGUGUAUGUCAUCAGACUCUGUGGUGUAUUUCAUUAGACUCUGGUGUAUGUCAUCAGACUCUGGUGUAUGUCAUCAGACUCGGUGGUGUGUGUCAUCAGACUCUGUGGUGUAUUUCAUCAGAUUCUGUGGUGUCUAUUAUCAGACUCUGUGGUGUAUGUCAUCAGACUCUGUGGUGUAUGUCAUCAGACUCCGUGGUGUAUUUCAUCAGAUUCUGUGGUGUCUAUCAUCAGACUCUGUGGUGUAUGCCAUCAGACUCUGUGGUGUAUGUCAUCAGACUCUGUGGUGUAUUUCAUCAGAUUCUGUGGUGUCUAUCAUCAGACUCGGUGGUGUAUGUCAUCAGACUCUGGUGUAUGUCAUCAGACUGGUGUAUGUCAUCAGACUCCGUGGUGUAUGUCAUCAGACUCGGUGGUGUGUGUCAUCAGACUCUGUGGUGUAUUUCAUCAGAUUCUGUGGUGUCUAUCAUCAGACUCUGUGGUGUAUGUCAUCAGACUCUGUGGUGUAUGUCAUCAGACUCUGUGGUGUAUGUCAUCAGACUCUGUGGUGUAUUUCAUCAGAUUCUGUGGUGUCUAUCAUCAGACUCUGUGGUGUAUGUCAUCAGACUCUGUGGUGUAUGCCAUCAGACUCUGUGGUGUAUGCCAUCAGACUCUGUGGUGUAUGUCAUCAGACUCUGGUGUAUUUCAUCAGAUUCUGUGGUGUCUAUCAUCAGACUCUGAGGUGUAUGUCAUCAGACUCUGUGGUGUAUGUCAUCAGACUCGGUGGUGUGUGUCAUCAGACUCUGUGGUGUAUGUCAUCAGACUCUGUGGUGUAUGCCAUCAGACUCUGGUGUAUGUCAUCAGACUCUGUGGUGUAUGCCAUCAGACUCUGUGGUGAAAACCAGCAACAUUUAGAGAAGAUGGGAAUAUCUGUACAAACUAGUGGAAUUAAAGUAGAAAAAGAUAAAUGUUUUCUUGUUAAUUUAAAUGCAGAUCCAUCACUUAAUGAACUACUUGUAUAUUAUCUCAAGGAGCAUACAUUAGUUGGUAGACCUAGUGCUCCAUCUAAUCCAGAUAUUCAACUCAGUGGUUUGGGUAUACUAUCAGAACAUUGUAUAAUUGAUAUUGAAAAUGAUUACGAAGUGUUUGUAACGCCAAAAGAAGGAGCAAGGACGUGUGUAAAUGGUUCUCAGAUCUCAAGUAGAACUUCUUUAAAGCAUGGUGACAGGGUACUAUGGGGAAACAACCAUUUCUUUAGAAUUAAUUGUCCAAGACCGCCUGGUGUUGGAUCUAGUGGUGGUAAUACACCUGAAUCUGAAGUGCCUGUAGACUAUGACUUUGCACAGAGUGAAGUCAUGAUGAAAGAACUUGGUAAUGAUCCAAUACAGAAUGCCAUGAAGACGCUUGAAACGCAUCACAAAGAAGACAAAGACAAAGCAUUGGAAAGACAAAAAGAUAUGUAUGAAAGGCAACUUGAAAUGUUACGUAAUAAAUUAACUCCUACGCAAAAGCAGCAGUUAGAGCGGUUUGACAUAGCACAACUAAGUCCACAGUCAACAGAUUCUAAUGCUAUCAAUAUGCAGACCAAGUAUAUACAGUGGGAGGAAGAAAGGGAUGAGAUUUUUCGACAGAGUCUGUCCAAGCUUCGUGAGGAGGUAGUGAAAGCUAACGCCUUGGUUCGGGAGGCUAACUUUCUAGCAGAAGAGAUGGGUAAAAAGACAGAGUUUCAUGUGACAUUGCAGAUACCAGCCUCUAAUCUAACACCAAAUAGAAAGAGAGGUGCCAUUGUGAGUGAGCCAGCGAUUCAAGUAAGACGUAAAAGUAAAGGUACGCAGGUAUGGUCAAUGGAAAAGAUGAUAAAUAAAAUAAUUGAUAUGCGAGACAUGUAUGAAGAAAGGAAAGAACGUGGGCUACCACUCAAGGAUACUGGCGUUCCCAUAAGUGGUGAUCCGUUCUACGAAAGUCAAGAAAAUCAUAAUUUAAUUGGUGUUGCGAAUAUAUUUUUAGAAGUGUUAUUUCAUGAUGUGAGGAUAGAAUAUGCAGUGCCAAUUAUCAACCAGCAAGGAGAGGUGUCUGGUCGACUGCAUGUGGAAUUACAGCGUAUUAGUGGACCAUCACUGGACUGGACACCAGAUUCUGACUGUAGUACGGAUAGUGGAGGGUUUGAAGUACUUGGAGAAGUGGAACCUGAGGGACUAUCAAUAGGAUCACAGCUAACGUGCAGGUUGAAGAUAUCACAUGCCUCAGGACUGCCACCAAGUCUUGCUAACUUUGUCUUCUGUCAGUAUACAUUCUGGGGUGAAGAAGACUAUUGUGUUGUGCCUCCUGUUGUAAAACAAGUUACAACAAGAAGAAAGAUUCCUGAAUAUUCUAUGAAGUUUGACCAUGUCAGGGAAUACACUGUGAAUGUAACUGAGGAAUUCAUAGAACAUGCAUUAGAAGGUUCAUUAGCAGUAGAAGUAUGGGGACAUCGGAGUGCUGGAUUUGAUGCUAAGCCAUCUGGAUGGGAAGUUGAUAGCUUACAUGCAAAGUCACGGUCAUUAGCUGACAGGUGGGGUGAAUUAACACGAAAGAUAGAAUUAUGGCUGGAAGUGUUAGAACUGAAUGAACAAGGAGAAUAUUUUCCAGUUGAACUACAACCAAGGCCUGAGGUGCUAACUGGUGGUGUCUUCCAAUUAAGACAGGGUCAUUCUCGCAGGGUGUGUGUGAAAGUCAAACCUGUACAAGAUUCAGGCACAUUACCAUUAGUAUGUGAAGCCAUUACUGGCAUAUCUGUAGGCAGUAUUUGUGGUAGAUCCAAACUACAGAAGGGAUUGGAUAGCUACCAAGAUGAAGAUCUGACAAGGCUUAGAGAAAAAUGGUCAGAAGCUCUAAUGAGGAGAAGGGAAUACUUGGAUGAACAAAUACAUAAAAUAAUUAACAAAUCAGAAAAAAACGAUACUGAUGUUGAACGUGAAGCCAGUUUAAUUAAUCAGUGGGUGUCUCUAACUGAGGAGCGUAAUGCAGUGCUUGUACCAGCAGCUAACAGUGGUAUCCCUGGUGCCCCAGCAGAGUGGAAUCCACCAUUAGGAAUGGAAACACAUAUACCAGUCUUAUUUUUAGAUUUGAACGCUGAUGAAAUGGGCUCCACAUGUCUACUAGAUGGAGCUCAGCCUGCAGGUACAAACUCUAUUCUACCAAAAGAACAUGGAACCAAGUUUUAUAAUUUACCAAUUGUUAAAUACUGUGAUAAAGAUGUGAGUGCUGUUGCAUCAUGGGAUUCAUCAAUUCAUGACUCACUGAAUCUGAAUCGUGUUACUGGUACUAAUGAGAGAGUCUAUCUAAUAGUCAAAGUUGUAGCCAGACUGAGUCAUCCUGCUGCCAUGGAGAUGGUGCUACGGAAACGCAUCUGUGUCAAUAUUUAUAAGAAGCAGAGCUUUUCUUUUACCUUUCGAAAAAAGUUUUACCGAAUGCCGGAGUCGUGCCAUUCCUGUGGAGUUACAUAUGAAGUAGUUUCAAAUAUACCAAAGGCUUCUGAAGAUCCAGAGGACAGAGAAUCAUUAGCAUUAAUGGCUGCUUCAGGGGCAGAUGAAGGAGGAACUGCGGAUGGGGAGACAUACAUAGAGAAAUAUACCAAAGGAGUAUCAGCUGUGGAGAGUAUACUAGCCUUAGACAGAUUGAGACAAGAAGUCGUUAUUAAAGAAAAACUAGCAGCUCAAGGAAGACCCUUGAGAAAGACUGCUAGUGUUCCAAAUAUACAAGGUGCCUUAUCUAGAAGUAUGGAUGCCAGAUUUGAUAUAAUUGAUGAAGAUUUUCGGAUGCCCCGAUCCGAAAGUCUCUACAGCUAUUUGAAUUCCAGUCAGCAAUCAGCAACUCUACCAUCAUACACGCUACAUAAUCCACAGCCGAACCCGGAGCUCUUCUCCUUUUUCCGUGGAAGGAGUAAAUCUGAGGCAUAUGAUGGUCAGUUGAUGUAUGGAUCAGCUGGGAGUUUGAUUCACCCAGGCAGUCCUGGAAUGGCCAUGUACACAAGUAGUCCUAAAUCUAUUAGUCCCAGUCCUUCAAAGUAUAGUCACCACUAUCUAGGCCCUGUCAAAGAAGAAAAAUCCAAAGAAUCAAUGGUGGAAAAUUCUAAUUUGAACCUUUAUGAUGAUGAUGACAGUUGUUCACUUAGUCCUAAGGCCAUAGCCAUUCCAAGAACCUCACCCAGCCAUUCAAGGGAAUCACCCAGUAGAUCGCUUGACUCACCCAUACAAUCCUUAGAAUUAGAAAAGGAAUCUAGUUUGCAGAAAACUUUCACAAUGUCAUUAGAAAAUGAUAAUAUUUCAAAUUCAUCUUGUCAAUCAAAUGUACAGUCAAUUGUAAUGUCCUCUAAUACAGAUGUAGAUUCAUUUGGUAACCAAGAUACGGAGACACACAGACCUUUAAGUAUGGUGUCUAGUGGCUAUAGCUCUAAUCUAACUCUUACAGAGGACACACUUAGUAUUCACAGCUAUGAUGAAGGACCUGAUCACAAAGUGAAUUCUAACAAGUCAACUGAGGAAGAAAUAAAAUCGCCGUUCAGUGACGAAGAAGAUGGUAACACAUCCACAUUGACAGAAGAAAGAUUACAAAAAGUACUUAAUGAAGAUGCAAAUGAGAAAAUAAAUGAUGAUGAUAAGAAAGAUGUUUCUGUGGAAACAAGUUUGAAAACUAAUAGUGAAGGUCAUUCAGCAUGCAAAAAAGUACAAGUAAGUGAUUUACUCCAUAGGGCAGAGAAAUAUAAUUCUGAAAAUCUGGAUAUGAAAGAAGAUGAGCCAAUUGAGAUAACUACGUCUGUUGCCAUGGUAAUGAACAAAAAUAAUGUAACCGAAUGCAUAGAGAAAAAAAUGUCUGAUAUCAGUAAUGAUGUUGACAAGUUGGGAGAAAAGAAAAAUGCAUUGGUUACUAUGGCAAUGGAUACCUAUGCAGAGGAACAUUGUGAUGUGGUUUUAGCCACUUCUGAUUCCACAAGUGUUUCUAUAGAAACUAAUUCAGUAUCCUUGGAGAUAUCAGAGCUAAAAGCAGAUGAUGACAACUUUGCAGACAUCAGUGGACUGGAACCAUUGCUUAUUAUUGAAGAUGAAAAUGAAAACAAUAGUACUUCACACCUUCUUGAGAAAGAAAAAAGUAUCACCACAAAAAUAAAUGAUUUGCAGGAGAUCAAAGUAGAACAGCAAAGUUUAGAAAUUAUUGAGUCAUUCAAACUUGACCAGACUGUAGUAACCCCAACAAAUGAGUUUGAGCUUCAUAUUAGUGAAGAUGAAAAACUGAUAUUGACUGAAAAUGAUGCAGAAAGUCGUCUUUCCAGUGUCAGUGGUAUGCAUGCGUUAGAGGAUGACAUGUCUGACGAUAGUCUGAGUAUGUGUUCGUUUGAUAGUCGACAGGAUGGUGACAGGAGGCACGAUAUACCCUUACCAGCGUGGCUAAAGAUCAGUCAACAUGUAUCAAUUGGUACUUCUAGAACUGGUGUAGUUAAAUUUAUCGGCAAUACUACUUUCAAAAGUGGUACUUGGGUUGGUGUUAAACUGGACACCCCGACUGGUAAAAACAAUGGUCAAGUUGAUGGUGUUCAUUAUUUUCGCUGCCCACCUAAACAUGGCAUCUUUGUGAGACCAGAUAAACUGAAGCAAAUCAACAAACCAACACCAUCUAAAACCAAAAUGAUCCCAGCACGGCCUAGUCCACAAUCCAGCAAAGUUUCCAGCCCAAAUGCAAGUCCUAUCAGACACCAUAUGAUGAGUGGAAGUGGAGGAUCUAGUCCUCAUUCUAGUCCUGUUGGAAGCCCUUGUGUGACCAGGAAUAUGAAAACUAUCAGGAAAUAACUGACAAUCAAUGAACUUUGUAAUCUAAGGAGUCUUGUUGCUCUGACAGUCAAUCAGCCCUGGAAUCUAGUGAUUCUCCAAGUCUUAUUGGUUUGACAGUCAAGUCCUGUUUUCAGAUAAGUUGUGGAAACUAUGGUUACUAUGGAGUGUAUUAUGUAAAUAAUUGAAAGUUUAGCAAGAAGACUGAAAUCAAUGAAACGCUAUUUUAUUGCUACAUCUACAUGAAGAUAUUUACAGAUCACGGAUCAAAACAGUCACUAUGUACACAAAUGUUGAAUCAUUUCAGUUUGGCUAGUGAAUAAUUUUUAUUUCCUUAUUUCCUAUUUAUUAUGUCUACUGCCCAUAAAGUUCUCAUUGCUGCCAUAUGGUUUACAUUGCACCUCACCUCAAGUCUUACAACCCUCACCUUGCAACUCAAAACCCAUAAUCCACAUCUCCCAAACUGCUACUCACAAUCCAUAAUCCACACCUCGUAACUCUCAGUCUACACCCGAACCUACUCCUUGUAAUUCUCAGUCUACACCCGAACCUACUCCUUGUAACUCUCAGUCUACACCCGAACCUACUCCUUGUAACUCUCAGUCUACACCCGAACCUACUCCUUGUAACUCUCAGUCUACACCCGAACCUACUCCUUGUAACUCUCAGUCUACACCCGAACCUACUCCUUGUAACUCUCAGUCUACACCCGAACCUACUCCUUGUAACUCUCAGUCUACACCCGAACCUACUCCUUGUAACUCUCAGUCUACACCCGAACCUACUCCUUGUAACUCUCAGUCUACACCCGAACCUACUCCUUGUAACUCUCAGUCUACACCCGAACCUACUCCUUGUAACUCUCAGUCUACACCCGAACCUACUCCUUGUACUUCAUCACUUCACUGAAAUUUCCAAUCUACAUCUCACAACCCACAACAAGCACCUCACUACACACACCUUGCAGUCCAUGGCAUGCAACCAUCACCUCACAUCUUGCAACCCCACCUCGCUACACACACCUAAAAACACACCUAAACCCCAUGGCCUACUACCAACACCUCAGCUGACAACCCUCAACUUCCUACCAACACAUUAAUCCACACCUUACAACCCAUGGCAUGCACCCUCAACCCAUACCUCAACCUACAUUUUGCAACCCAGGACCUCAACUCACAGUUGACAAUAAUAAAAAUACAGUUUACACCAU